GGAAAAAAUAAAUAAAGGAAAGCUAAUAGGAGUAAUAAAGAAAAAAGGAGAGAAAAGAGGGAUAGAAAGACAAACGUUCUCAAAACCCCAUGAUUUCACAAUUCUCUCUCUCUCUGCCCUCUAAGUAUUGCCGUGUUCCUUUUCUUUCCUCUACUUAAUUAAGAGUAGGAAGACUUCUCAAAGUUUCUCAAAAAACAAGACUUGUUUGGUAGCUUCAGGAAAAGUAGUAUUUGAAAGAAUAAAACAUACUUUACUAUGGAUCAGUAAAUAAGAAAGAGAAAGGAAGGGGUAGCUAUAGCUAGUUAGUUGUAAGAAGCUUAGUUGUUGUUAGGUAGGAGAGAAAAUGAAUUUGCCGAAAUCACCAGUGCAGCAAAUGAUGAGUGGAAGCCCUAAGUGGUGGAAUAACAUGAGGCCUCCCAUAUCUCAACAAGUUGCUGCUACUACUCAUCAUCAUCAUCAUCAUGGUUCUAAUUCCUUGUUGCCUCCUAAUAAUCUUCUUCCUCAUUUCUGUCCUUCUUCACUCCCCAUAUGGAAUGACAAUCAAGAUCACCUUCCUGAAUCAUGGAGCCAAUUACUUCUAGGUGGCUUGGUAGGGGAAGAAGACAAGGCAGUGCAUCUCAGCAAUAUGCAGGUCAAGAAAUUGGAGAACAAUUGGGAUGAACAAACGUUCCUGAGCCAGCCUGAUUCUGUUAACCAAAAAAGCAUACCAAAUAGCUAUAUGUAUGAACAUGGAAAUAAUGUGGAGUUCCGUCAGAACACAGAAUUAACUGCUAAACCAACUUGGUCACAGAUGUUGCCAGUCUCAUCUCCCAAGUCUUGUGUUACAACUUUGAGCAGCAACAUGCUUGAUUUUUCUAACAACAACUCAGAUUCCAAACACCCACCUCCAGAUCAUUCAUCUGAGUGCAACAGCGGGGCAGCUACAGGUGGGGCACCUAAUAAGAAGGCUAGGGUUCAACCAUCUUCAACUCAGUCAACCUUCAAGGUGAGAAAGGAAAAAUUGGGGGACAGAAUAACAGCCCUUCACCAAAUUGUUUCCCCAUUUGGGAAGACUGACACAGCUUCUGUCCUGUUAGAAGCUAUUGGGUACAUCAGAUUCCUUCAGAGCCAAAUUGAGGUGACAUUUCCUCUCUCUUUCAUUUUCCCAAACUACCAUGAACACAGUGAUGGCAUGAAUAUAUGUACAUAUAAGGCCCUUAGCUUGCCGUACCUAGGCAGUGGAUCAGGAAACAUGAGGCAGCAACAUCAACAACAAUCUGUUCAUGAGAGGAAUAGUUUAUUUCCUGAAGACCCUGGUCAGCUAUCCAAUGACAACUGCCUGAAAAGGAAAGCAACUAGUGAGAAGGAUUAUAAUGAAGAACCAAAAACGGAUCUGCGUAGUAGAGGGUUGUGUCUGGUUCCACUGUCAUGCACACUGCAAGUUGGGAGUGACAAUGGAGCAGAUUACUGGGCUCCGGCAUUCGGAGGAGGUUUCCGGUGAAUGGAAAAAAUAAAAAAUUUGGUCACGUACGGCACACUUGUGAUGAUACAAAAACCAAGUUGCACCAAAUUAAGUGCUAGUAGCUAUAACAUCAUGAUCACUCAAUCUGCUAAAAAUCUAAGGUUGAUUGCUUAUGAUGCUAUACAUUUUCUUCUGAAUUAAUUUACCAUGCAACGGUGUGCUGUAAUAUUAUAUAGUCAAGCUUGCAGUUUGGCCUUAGAACUCAGUACCUAUUGUCUAGUUUUUCCCCUUUCAUCGGCAAGUACAAUGAUCAUUUCAUGACUUUAUGUAUAUGCCAUUCCUCUACGAUAAGUAUUCAUUUUUAUGCUUCUCCUAAGCAGCAUCUUUUCUCC